ACAUCUCUUGAUCUCAAGCGGUGCUCAAGGAUAUUAAAUAAAAUGGAAGAUAUGGAGACGAAAAGCAGCAUGGGAAGUCAAAUUUAUACGAGCUUGUGUGUCAAUCUGUUAACUGUUUCUUAUGGUGCUUCCAUUGGAUGGCUUUCGCCUGCUUAUGAGCUUCUCUCAUCUCAAGAUAGUCCAUUGGCAUCUGGUCCAAUUACGAUUGAAGAAUCUUCAAUCGUCGGCUCAGCAAUUUGCGUGGGUGGUUUCAUAGCGUCGUGUUGCUACGGAUGGAUCGCUGAUAAAUAUGGAAGAAAAAUUGCGCUUGUAACGUGUGCCGUUCCACAAAUGGUCGGUUGGAUUCUCAUCUAUUUUGCAACAAAUCCAAAAUAUUUGAUUCUUUCACGUUUUUUACAUGGUUUUGCUGGUGGAGGUAUCUACGUUGUCAUCCCCAUUUUUAUCACUGAAAUAAGUGAAGACAGAAUAAGAGGAAGACUUGGAACGUUCAUAACAUUCGCGUUAUGUUUGGGUAUUCAAAUAGGAUAUGUUCUCGGGGAUGUCAUGAGCUUUACGAUUUUUCCGUUAUGCUUAGUAAUGUUCACAAAUGCUUUUCUGGCUGGUGUGAUAAUUAUUCACGACUCUCCAAUUUAUCUUCUGCGAAAAAGUCGUUUCAAGCGAGCUGAAAAUGCGUUGAAAUUUUAUCGAGGCUUCUCCAAGGACGUGGGAGAGAUGAAUAGCAAAUUGAAGUUAGAGUAUGACAACAUGACAAGUUUGAUAAAAACAACAAAUAGCGACUCUACGGGAGGCAGAAUUACCUUUGGGGAUUUCUUGACAAAAGCAGCGAGAAAAGCAAUGCUCAUAGGACUUGCAUUAAUUUGCUUGGAACUUCUUAGUGGAGUUUUCGCUCUUUUAAGUUACGCUUCGAUGAUUUUUGACGAAGCCGGUUCUUCACUCUCCCCAAACUCAUCGGCAAUUAUCGUUGGCGGCAUUCAAAUCGUGGGCGUUUAUGCUUCAACACUUCUCGUCGACCGUGCAGGAAGAAAGUUUUUAUUAAUAUCGUCUUCCCUCUGUUGUGCAUUAGGCAUGACACUUUUCGCCAUUUAUGACUUUUUAAAACAUCAAGGCAUGGACGUGUCAGACUACAAUUGGAUUCCAUUAGCUUGUUUCUCUUCUGUAGUUUUCUUUGCAAAUAUCGGUGUGGUGUCGUUGCCCGUAGUUGUCAUCACUGAAAUUUCACCAUUAAAGAUUAAAGACAUCGUGUAUUCGAUAAGCAUUACCUUUUCAUGGAUACUGGAGUUUGUUUUGUUUCAAUUCUUGCCAAUAGCAAUCCAAGUGUUGGACAUUUACAUUGUGAUGUUGAGCUUUGCAUCGAUAAUAAUGUGGCUUAGUGGAGUUCAACGGCAAAUAUUUACAACACUCUGUGCCAACUUAUUAUCAUUCGCUUAUGGAACGAGCGUUGGAUGGGCCAGCAGUAAUCUUCCUCUACUUGCAUCAAAUCAAACAGUCUUGACCGACGCACUAACAAAAGAAGGUUCAUUAAUCUUCGGCUGGUUGACGGAACAAAUCGGUAGGAAGAGAUCUCUCAUAGUUAUUGCCAUUCCGCAAAUCAUCUCAUGGACAUUGAUUGUAUUUGCCCAAAGUUGGCUUUACAUUCUUGUUUCAAGAUUUUUGGGUGGAUUAAGUGGGGGUGGUUUGUAUAUAGUCAUUCCACUUUUCAUAUCAGAAAUUUCUGAUGACAGCAUACGAGGUAGGCUUGGAUCUGUCUUUGUGAUGGCAUCUGGUGCUGGCAUUCUCUUCGCCUACAUAUGUGGCACAUUUCUCCCUUUCUCAACUCUUCCAUUUAUAUUCACUCCAAUUUCAAUGUUGUUCUUAAUUGGGACGAUGUUUCAUCCGGAAUCAGCACACUAUCUCAUCAAAAAGGAGAUGAAUCGUGAAGCUGAAAAAUCUUUAAAAUUUUACCGUACAGUGAAACAGACAUCUGAUGAUGGAAACGAAUUCACUCAGCAAUUGAAAGCAGAGUUUGAAAGCAUCAAAUCUUUAAUAAGCCAACAGACAAUCAGCACUGGCGUUGAACUGAAAGAUUUUCUCACUCAUCCAGCAAAAAAAGUCUUAAUUAUCGGAAUAGGAUUAAUGUUUCUUGAACAAUUCAGUGGAGUGUUCGCACUUCUGUUCUUUGUCUCAACAAUUUUUGAACAUUCUGGUUCAAGUCUCACGCCAAAUGAAUCUUCAAUUGUCAUUGGACUAAUUCAACUAAUUGGUGCUUGGUGCUCAACAAUCUUCGUUGAUAAAAAAGGAAGGCGAUUCCUAAUCAGCUUUUCAGCGUUUGGAAUUUCAUCUGGAAUGUUUGUGUUUGCCUUGUCUAGUUAUAUCAUUAAUCAAAGCAAUGAAGCAUCAUAUUUAAAUUGGAUUCCACUUUUGAGUCUUUCGUUUGGUUUGUGGACAGCUAAUUUAGGAGUGUUAACGCUUCCAUUUCUUGUUAUGAGUGAAUUGAUGACAGCGUUACCUAAUUCAUCAAGUGGCAUCAAGUUCUUAGAGUCAAAACAUUCUGACUUAGAAUCAGGAAGUUUAACGCCAGGGGAAUCAAGCUUCAUAAAUUCAAUGUACUGCGUGGGUGGAUUAAUUGGAUCAUUAACCUAUGGAUAUGUCUGUGAUAAAAUUGGAUGUAAUUGGGCGUUACGAACAAUCGCCAUAUCUCAAAUUGGAAGUUUUCUUUUUAUCACUUUCAGCACGGAAACUCAAACAAUUUUAUUUUCAAGAGUCCUUGCCGGCGUCUCAACUGGUGCACUUUUCUGUUCUGCACCUUUAUUCGUGUCCGAAAUUGCAGAAGAGAUGAUGCGAAGCAUGUUGAGUGCAAUGUUCAUGUUGAUGGGUGGUAUUGGACUUUUGUUGUCUUACAUUGUCGGUGCUUUCAUGCGCUACGAUUUAUGUUUGUGGAUCUACAUUGCAUUCCCAAUUCUUUUUCUUGCAUUAUCUACGAUGCUCAAGGAGUCUCCUUAUUAUCUACUCAACAAGAACAAACUCGAGGAAGCAAAGGAAUCUCUUAUGUUUUAUCGUGGAUUCAUAAGCUUAACGGGUUACGGUGCUGUGGAAUUCGAGAGUUUACAACGAUAUGUUAAGAAAGAAAGCCUUUUACGUGAGAUGAUUGGGAAAGAAGAUUUUCUAUCACGAGAGGCAAUGAAAUCAAUAUUGGUUGGAAUUGGAUUGGUGGCCUUAGAACAACUCGGUGGAUGUUAUUUUUUACUCUUCUUUGCAGCAAGUGUUCUUGAACGAUGUAACGCCACAAGCAUUUCUCCUGAGCACGCAACGAUUGGCAUUGGAUUUCUGCUUCUUUUAGGCGCUUUCUUAUCAAUAUUUCUUGUCGAGAGAUUUGAGCGGAAAAACCUUCAAUGCUUCGCUGCUUUUGGUAUCGCCACCAGCAUGAUAAUAUUUGGAGUAGCAGCGCAACUGAUGGAACAUGGCUACAAUUCCAACUUUUUAAAAUCAAUUCCGAUUUUUGUUAUAUCAAUGGCAAUCUUCUUAGCAAGUCUUGGCUCGUUUCCUUUAACUUUCGCAAUCAUUUCGGAGAUUGCACCAUCGACAAUCAGAGAUUACAUUCUGACUAUUUGUACGUCAACGUCAUGGAUUUUUCUCAUCGUUGUCUUCAAUCUAAGCAGCCUUUUAACAAACGAAUUCGGUCAAGGUGGUCCAAUGUAUUUCUUUGCUGUAAACUCAAUCCUUGGUGGAAUUUUUGUGAUAUUUUUCAUCCCCAAAAACAUGUGA